AUGAUUGAAGUCCGUGUUACUAAUGCCACCGAGAUACAAGAAUUGGCAACAGUUGAUGACCGCUGCACGCGUGCGUUGGUUCGAAGUUUAGGGGGUCAGGGUCGGCGGGAAUACGCGGAUGUCCUCCGACAAUAUUUGGCGAAAUCCAUUCGGUCGGAACUCGCUUUGAUGCCAGUUCCUCUGUUGAUACGCACGUUAGAUGACUGUAGAGCGAAGCCGGAUGAUCCAUGUCAUUCGACUGAAUCAACCUGGUCGUUUGGGUCUGCCCGGUCCGGCGAAUCAAUCUCAUCCGAUGAGUCAAUCCCGUCCGUUGAACCGAUCCCGCCCGUUGAAUCAAUCCCGCCCGUUGAACCAAUCCCGUCAGUUCAACAACUCUCGUCGAAAAGCCCGACUCAUCGGAAUUCGGGGCGAAUAAGUGUGUUAAAGCACAAACGUGCGGAUCCGUAUCAAAAUGGCAAUCCGAUGAUAGUAGUGGUUAAUACGGAUUGCCGGGUGUCAUUAAUGUCGCUUACAGAUUAUGUGGUUCGGUUCUUGUCUCGAGAGUCGUGGCUGAGUUUGUCUGAUCCCGCGUUGGAUUAUGGUUCAUAUGAGCGUGAGUACGAGCUGUUGACGGAUCCCGCGGUGACCGAGCGCCAGCACCGGAAGCCCGGUCCAUGGAAAUACCGUUGGGAUCCGAUGACGCCAAGUGAUCAUCUCAUACUGGAGGAAGACCUGGAUUAUUUUGAUAUGGCUCACAAUGAAACCACCGGGUGGUUCGCGACGCAUGACUGGCGGUGGAAUGCGACAGAGCGGAACUGGAAAAAAAAUGACCAGCUGAAACCGCUAAGGAAUAUCUAUGAGGUAGCGAAAAGACGCGGAAAGACGAAACAUAAAGCAGCAGAAUUUAAACUACCGCCAAGGGUCAAGGUUCAUCAGGACUCACUGCCCGAGAAGCAAAUUGUUGGGGGCAGAAUAGUGGGCGGCCGAAAGUUUCCGCGGCAUCCCGGUUUGAAAUUAAAGAGACCGGAAUUAAUUCGUGUGCGCACACGUUUGCAUAAUCCUACAGGAAUUAGGCUGGAGGCAGAAAAACUUUACCAUGUUCACGACUUGCUAAAAUAUCGGUAUACCCUCAGCAAAUGGGUCAGAGUAGGACCCAACGACGAAAUAGACGGCGUCGACAAACGUGCCUUUUUCAGCCGAGAUUCCGACGAUCCGCUUUUGAUACAAGAUGACAGCUACGGAGAACGAGCUGUCACCUGUGAAACGUUAGCCCGGGACCCAAGUAACAUCAAUCACUAUGUUGAGAGCAAUUUCGUGUCGACUGAAUGGGUCUAUGCCCGCGCUUUGGCGCUGCCGCCCCCACUCGCGCCAGCUGACAGUUGGUUACCGUCACCCAAUGCCCCCAGAUUACCGCACGAAUUUCAUUCCGUGAGGAAUCCGCGGAGAGUUACUUACGACGAUCUUGAGAGGUGGCUGAAGCCGCCCCAGUUCAGGUUCUUCAGUCGAUACGUCAGAAGAUCAGAAGAGCUCUCGAAGGAGCUGUUCAAUCAGCAGUCAGUAGACCGGUCACAGGAGGGGUCGGAGGGAUCUGAGGAGGAGACAGAAGAGGAGACAGAAGAGGAGACAGAAGAGGAGACAGAAGAGGAGACAGAAGAGGACUGGUGCAAUGGAUGGUCAGAUGAGUGGUCCGAUGAGGGAUUAGGCGCUGAAUUGGAUGAUGAAUCAGAGGAACGACUCGCACAGCAGACGGAAGAGCAACGAUACCCCACGACGGUGAGGGCCGUAGCCCGCCAAGUUGCAAGCUCAGCUCCACGCUCGCGGUGGCCCCUAGGCUUCAAAGGACGCCGCACUAGAAACAAACAGGGCGCCGUACACACGGGAAAUCGGGUUUCCGGAAACCGGGUUUAUGAAUACCAGAUUGCCGGCGGGCAGGUUGUCGGGGACCAGAUUGGUGGAUAUUACACAGCGGAUGGCAGAUUCAUUCCUUGCGGGUCUGGGAUUAUUGAGGCCGGCGACGACAACGCCGAACGUGAUUGCGAUUCCGAUCAGGCCGAAACUGAGCAGCGCCCGCCUCACCGGACCCCGAUUUACUGGCCCCCGGUUCACCGGCCCCCGACUGGCCCGGCCACCGCUGACCAGGACCCCAGUGACGGGCCCCCGACUGAGCAGCCACCGACAGGCCGGGUCCCGACCGGCCAAGAGAGUUCUGUGGACACUGACCAACGGAGUGUGCGUUGUUUCGAUUUGGUUGACACGGAGUCUGAGACGUCUUCGUCGACCAAAUCCACGCAUCACUGGGCGCCUGGGUAUGACUUAUCGCGGACUGAAUUGCCGUGGUAUGGACCACGGUCUCCGCGGGAGCCGGAGCCGCCGGGUGCUGGUUACGAUUCGGCACGUUUACAAGCCCGUUUGUUACAGCGUCCGGAGCAUCCGGCGAAGGACUGGGAUAAAGAGUUGUUGGUCGUGUCGCAGCGAGCAGUACCGAAUGGUUCACGGCGUCGUUCGUAUAGUCGUGAGAAACCAGAUUGGGACGACGUGGUGGCAUGCGAGGCCAUUUGGGGUGUGCCGUUGGAGUUUGAAAGUGUGCGUAAGUCUGUUUCAUGGCACCGUCUUUCUCUUAUUAAUGCCUGGCUUGCCCGCAGAUUGGAGGCUGUUAUGGCUGAUUGCAUGGACUAUAAGGUUCUUAAGGAACUCGGCAAGUGCGUCACCAAUUCUCGCGCCAAUAUGCCUACACCUCUCGAAUAUUAUAUUAGAGCCGAAGUCCAGCAACUCGCACCUCUUGAACACCAACUUACCAAUCCCAUAAAAGUCAAAAGGGCCUUGUACAGAGUCCAACACAUCGCCAAACAACUCCGAACACGACACAUCACACAAGUCGCUUAUGCACCAGCCAGGCAAAUACAUGACGCUCUACAAAUUAUCGAGAAUCAACGCAACUGUUUACCGCAGCCCUUUGAACUUGUUGACUGCGUCCCGGCACCCGACUCUCACGUACAUAUCUUGGACCCAGGAAUUUGCCAAUACAAGCCUGACUGCUUGAUAACUGGACAGAACAACAACGGAGAUCAACGGAUCAGUUCAUCCUCCACCAGUGACGACUCCAGUGACGAAUCCAGCGACCGAUUCAGUGAUCAAUUCGACAAUCAAUUCAACAAGGAACCCAGUGAGGACUCCAGUAGCGAAUCUAGUGAAGAAUCCAGUGACGACUCCAGCAGUGAAUCCAGCAGCGAAACAAGUGACGAGUCCAGCGGAACUUCUGAGUCGAAAGAUAGCGACGAGUCAGAGGAUAGCGAUGAGUCGUCGUCACUUAGUACGUCGCUCGACUCUGAGUCUAUCUUGGAGGGGUGGCUGGACCGUAGUCCGGAUCCGCCGGACAUUGCGCCAUAUCCGAAUAUGGUGUUGCCGCAUUAUAGGCGACCUAAUGUGAUGGAGUACGAGCCGUAUCUCGUGCCUGAACAGUGGCCCCCAAGACCGCCGGCGAUUCCGCCGCCGACCCCGCGAUACAGGCCGCCUCCCCGAUACCCCCGACUGCACACUGUUCCUUUAACGUACAUCGCGCCUUCAAGAAGAUUCGUCAGGGUCGAUUCUGGCCGUAGGACCGGCCGGAGAAUACGUCGCAGGAGGUCGCGUCGCUGGAGAGAGAUGUCUAUGCAGGGAAUCGACGGAAUAGAGAAGCAUUUCUUUCGCCCAGUGUGUCCCCUAGGUUUCGAUGACCGGGAUUGGGUGACUCCGUUGCCUGUUCCGUUUGAUCUCCUGAUGCCACCCUCCUUGAGUGCCAUUUUAGGGUUUUCGAAGGAGGAUUGGGUUGGUCAAACUGACUGGUUUGAAUCGAGACUGCUUGGGUACGUGACGAUGGUGACCUACGGCAUCGGCAUGGCAGUGGGAAAAAUGCUGCACAUGUCGGUCCCCGUGGCUGAGGAGUACGCCCAGGAGGUAGCCCAGCAGAUUGUCGAUGAGGGCAGGGUAAUUCCGUACGCCUGGUUCCGGGUGGCCGCUGUACCGCGAGUGCCACCGCUUCCACUACUGGAACCCCUAGGCCGUCAUCGAAAGUCUCGUGGCCGUUGGAGACGGAGUUCAGAGUAUCCAGACGACCCGGGCAGCGACCGGUUUGCUGGCAGACCUCCGUACGCCAUCUGGCAGGGAGAGCGGGCGGCGGGUGACUCUAUGGAACGCCGUUCGCUGGAUCGAGUUGUGGUGGACCGAAUUCUAUGGACCAUGUCAGAAAAAUGUUCGGCCUGCCGACCGUGGAGGAAAGACCACUCACGCGCAGACAGGAGCUGUAUUGCGAACGGCAGGCUCGCCGUUCCGAACGUCGUAUUCGUCGCCGACAGCGGCGCCGACAGCGACGACAACAGCGACGCCUCCAGCGGCGUCAGCAGCGGCGGCGAUUGCGCCUCUUAG